AUGUUCUCGACCGUUAUAAGCUCAAAUCACCAAUAUCACAAAUACAACGUUGAAGUCGUCAUUGAGCGGCGUCUGAAAAGUGACUUUGUGGUCUCUCAGCCGAUACAUGUGUACCAGCUUUGCGGACUAGAACAAAGCUAUCUAAGACCAUACAAUCCUUUGACUCUUGAACGUCAAUCUGACCAAAAUAUCCAAUACUGUAUUUCCCUCGCUGAUCGCAAUAUUCCUUUUGGUUGCACAUUCCCGGUGGAGUGUUGGUUUGCUCCGCUUUCCAAAGGCACCAAGCUCAACGCAGUCACGGUCAAAGUCCAGGAGAGACAAAGUGUGCGCUUGGAUGCUACGGCCGCCGAAUCGGUGCGACAGAACAUACACUUUGUAACCUGCGCGCACAACCACACUGUGUUUUCAAAGAAGAUAGACUUUGCCGAUGGCAAUGAACCGACGGGUGCUGAUUCGAUGGAGACGGAAUGGCGCAUUAACACCUCUGUGUGUUUGCCGCGUACUUUGGGUGGUUGUUCACAGAGUCUCUCCACGAAGCACAUUAAGAUCAAACAUGUCUUAUCUAUAAAGGCAGAGUUCUGUGAUGAAGAGGGCCAGGUGACUGCAGAGAUUUCGGAAGUUAUUCCCAUCGAGAUCUAUAUGACACCGUGUGUCAUUGGUGAGAAUGGGUUCAUCCAUGGACGGGAUAUCCAACAGCUGCAAGGGGAUGACCAUCCUCCCCCGGCUUACAAUGACCACUUGUCCGACCUGAUAAUUUUGACGGCUGCUGACGUCGACCUUUGUGGAAGUACAAUCGUUACGGAGAUGAACAUUGAGCGCAGUUCAAGUCAAAGCUCUUCCAGCCGUUCAUCCUACGAUCCUGCACCCUUGUAUGUAUAA